CCCAAAAGUUGAAAGCAUCUCCCACUAAGAUCGCAUCUUCAACGCAUUUGAUUGGCCAAGUAGGAUCUGGAUUUCCUUUUCCAAAGCAAAACCAUCAUUAUAAACUCCACAUGGCUUUGAAACCCGCAAACGCAAAGCUCUACAGGGGCCACCUUGUAGACGACUUUGGGGCUAGGGUUUGGUCUCAGUGGAGGAAGAAAGGGAGGAGAGAGGUGAUGGCACCGGUUGUGAGGAGCUUCCCUGGGGUUGGCGAGGAGUUGCAGAGGCUUUUGGAGGCUAAUAUGGACGAAGUGCCCGCCAGAAGGCGCGCACGCGAGGCUUUUAAGGAUAUUCAGCUCGGGAUUGACCACAUAUUGUUCAAGACGCCUUGUGAUGGACUAAAAAUGAAUGAGUCAUAUGAAAAGAACUCUAGAGGAUUGGAAAUUUUUUCAAAAAGUUGGCUUCCAGGCACCUCUCGCCCGAAGGCAAUGGUGUGCUAUUGUCAUGGUUAUGGAGACACUUGCACAUUUUUCUUUGAAGGAAUUGCAAGAAAGUUGGCAUCAUCUGGAUAUGGAGUUUUUGCAAUGGAUUACCCGGGAUUUGGUCUUUCAGAAGGUCUCCACUGCUAUAUUCCCAGCUUUGACAGGCUUGUUGAUGAUGUCAUUGAGCACUACUCAAAAGUCAAAGAGAACCCCGAGUUCCAUACUCUCCCGAGCUUCCUCUUUGGUCAGUCUUUGGGUGGAGCUGUAGCUUUGAAGGUGCACCUAAAACAACCUAAUGCAUGGGAUGGUGCCGUUCUUGUCGCACCUAUGUGCAAAAUUGCAGAUAACAUGGUCCCACCGUGGUUGCUCACACAAAUCCUGAUUGGUAUAGCUAAAUUUCUUCCAAAGCAGAAGUUAGUUCCACAAAAGGAUUUGGCUGAGGCAGCAUUUAGAGACUUGAAAAACAGAGAGCUGACAGCGUAUAACGUUAUUGCUUACAAGGAUAAACCACGCUUAGGGACUGCAAUGGAGAUGCUCAAAACCACUCAAGAGAUAGAACGUCGAUUGAAAGAGGUCUCUCUGCCGUUACUGAUCUUGCAUGGAGAGGCUGAUAAUGUAACGGACCCAUCUGUGAGCAAGGCCUUGUAUGAGAAAGCAAGCAAUGCAGACAAGAAGCUUAACCUUUACAAGGAUGCCUAUCAUUCUCUUCUUGAAGGUGAGCCAGAUGAAAUGAUAAUUCGAGUGUUUAAUGAUUUAAUUUCUUGGCUUGAUGACCACAGUAUAAAAAAUACUUCCCUCUGAUCAUUUCUCUCCCUC